CGGGGUGUUUGAACAGGAAGGCGGACAUGUUGGCCAGGCUGUGUGAGAAAAUCGGGUACAGCCUGCGAUUGUUUUCCGAAUACUAACACACAUUUUACCCGAUGUAUUUGUAUAUUCAGUCAGAGAAUUAUCGCACUUUUGAAGGGACACACUUGACAGCCAGUGACAGUGCCCGGGACUUUGCGGAAGGACUGCCGUGAAAUGCUGGAGCGACUCCGCGUUUGAAGUGUUCGAAAUUUGGAAGAAGCAGAAGUUUUUUUUCCCACCACUUCUACUUUUGAGCUGUCAGAUUCAUUUGUCGUAUUCUGCAAGGGCCUGGCACCGCCAUGGGAACGGGCCUGGACUAGACUUCCGACAAACUGCCGUUUUCGAGAAGACCUUGCAUAGACGUUUUUAAUUGCCUUUUGUUUGGAUACACCAACGUUUUAAGUCUUUAUCCUCAGUGGCAUCCUACGGAGGUUAACUAAUCUGCCUCCGCGUUUGUCUUCGCCACUGAAGUUGUUUGCAACUCAUACAGGGAAGAACAUCCGCUGUCUCCGAAAAUGUUGCAUGUUCAGUGCAACCUUAAAGCAUUCAUUGCGUGUGAAAGCUCGAGGGGAACGAUGCAUCUUCUCUGAAGUGCGGUGUAAAGUUCACACGAAGAAAGGAACAUUUGGCUAGCUAGCUCCUGCUGGCUGCUAAAGCUAGCUAGCCAGCCUGCUGCCUCGCCAGAGAGCUGUUUUUGUUCGUAGUCCGACAUCGAGACAGAGUUUGAGAGCAAAAUGUCUACUGGAGACAGUAUGGAGGCUCGAUUUGAAAAAAUCGAUGCCAUGUUGAAGGACCCAAAGUCAGAAGUAAACACCGAUUGUCUACUGGAUGGCUUGGAUGCCCUGGUAUAUGACCUCGACUUUCCUGCCCUGAGGAAAAACAAGAGCAUUGACAACUUUUUGAAUAGAUACAAAGAAACUAUCGGCAAAAUUCGUGAUCUACGGAUGAAAGCAGAGGACUAUGAGGUGGUUAAAGUUAUCGGACGGGGUGCAUUUGGAGAAGUCCAGUUGGUAAGACACAGAGCUACAAGCAAAGUAUACGCCAUGAAGCUGCUGAGCAAGUUUGAGAUGAUCAAGAGGUCAGACUCGGCCUUCUUCUGGGAAGAGAGGGACAUCAUGGCGUUUGCCAACAGCUCGUGGGUAGUACAGCUCUUUUUUGCAUUCCAAGAUGACCGCUACCUCUACAUGGUGAUGGAAUACAUGCCCGGAGGCGAUUUGGUGAACUUGAUGAGUAAUUACGACGUCCCCGAGAAGUGGGCCCGCUUUUACACUGCAGAGGUGGUGCUGGCACUGGAUGGAAUUCACUCAAUGGGCUUCAUUCACAGGGAUGUGAAGCCUGAUAACAUGUUGCUAGACAAAGCAGGUCACUUAAAACUAGCAGAUUUUGGGACCUGCAUGAAAAUGAACAAGGACGGCAUGGUACGGUGCGACACAGCGGUUGGCACUCCGGACUACAUUUCGCCCGAGGUACUAAAAUCCCAAGGAGGAGAUGGCUACUAUGGCAGGGAGUGUGACUGGUGGUCAGUAGGAGUGUUUCUGUACGAAAUGCUCGUUGGCGACACUCCUUUCUAUGCAGACUCAUUGGUGGGGACCUACAGCAAAAUUAUGAACCACAAGAACGCCCUGACCUUUCCGGACGAUAGCGACAUCUCCAAUGAUGCAAAGAAUCUCAUCUGCGCUUUCUUGACUGACAGGGAGAUUCGACUUGGCCGUAAUGGUGUGGAUGAAAUCAAGAGACACCCUUUCUUCAAGAAUGACCAGUGGACCUGGGAGAACAUCAGAGACGCGGCUGCCCCUGUUGUGCCUGAACUGAGCAGUGACAUUGACACCAGUAACUUCGAUGACAUUGAGGAAGAUCGGGGAGAGGAGGAGACCUUUCCCAUACCAAAAGCCUUUGUUGGCAACCAGCUCCCCUUUGUUGGCUUCACAUACUACAGUAAUCAACACCUUUUGCGCGGCUCUCCAGCAACAAAGACCAGCGACAAACGCUGCAGCUCCACAAAAGAGGACAAGAGCCAUCUUGAGAACCUGCAGAAACGAAUCUACCAGCUAGAGGAGCAACUCCACAGUGAAAUGCAACUCAAAGAUGAGCUGGAACAGAAAUGCAGGGCGUCACACACCAAGAUUGAGAAGAUAAUGAAAGAACUGGAUGAAGAGGCGAACCUGAGGAAGAGCGCAGAAGCCAGCACCUCUCUGCUGGAGAAGGACAAGAUUAUGCAGCAGCACAGAUUCACAGAGUACCAAAGAAAAGCUGACCAGGAGGCGGAGAAGAGACGUAAUUUAGAGAACGAGGUGUCUACUUUGAGGGAGCAGCUUGAAGAUUUGAAGAAGAUCAGUCAGAACUCGCAGGCUUCAAAUGACAAGAUUGCCCAGCUUCAGAGUCAGCUGGAAGAGGCUAACGACCUCCUGCGCUCCGAGUCAGACACUGCAGCCAGACUGAGGAAGAGCCACACAGAGAUGACCAAGUCAGUCAGCCAGCUGGAGACUUUGAACCGUGAGCUGCAGGAGCGGAGCCGCGCAGCAGACGGAGAGAAGGCGCAGCUGCAGAAGGAGCUCCUUGUUCUUCAGAGCUCCCUGGAUUCAGAACGAAGGAACUACAGCCAGGGUUCAGAGGAGAUCAGGGAGCUGCAAGCGAGACUGGCUGGACUGCAGGAGGAUAACAAAAACCUGAAGCACAGCCUCUCCAAAGUGGAAGGAGAACGCAAGCAGGCUCAGGAAAGAAGUAACAACCUGGAGAAGGAGAAAAACAACUUGGAGAUAGACCUGAACUACAAGCUGAAGACCUUGCAGCAGCGUCUGGAACAGGAACAGACGGAGCACCGGGUGACGCGGGCUCAGCUCACAGACAAAUACGAGUCUAUUGAAGAAGCCAAAUCAGCUGCCAUGAAUGCUGUUCAGCAGAAGAUGUCGGAGGAGAAUGGAGCGCGGAUGAGAGCGGAGAGCCGGGUUGUGGAGGUGGAGAAACAGUGCUCAAUGUUGGAGUUUGACCUCAAGCAGUCGGUGCAGAAAAUGGAGCAGCUGAUGAAGCAAAAGGAGAGGCUGGAAGAUGAGGUGAAGAAUGUACGGAUGCAGUUGGAGCAGGAGUCGAGCAAGCGCGUCCUAGCUCAGAAUGACCUGAAGACGCGCAUGCAAGACCUGGACCGUCUGAGGUGUUCAGAGAAGCAGCUCAAACAAGAGAUCAACACAGCGCUCGAGAAUAAACGCUCACUGGAGUUCCAGCUGGCACAGUUGACCAAACAAUACAGAGGCAACGAGGGACAGAUGAGGGAACUUCAAGACCAGCUUGAGGCCGAACAGUAUUUUUCUACACUUUACAAAACUCAGGUGAAGGAGCUCAAGGAAGAGAUCGAGGAAAGGAACCGGCAGGUACAAGAGGCACAAAAGAAGGUGCAGGAUUUGUGUAGUGAAAGGGACUCCCUGUCUGCUCAGCUGGAUCUGACUGUGACCAAGGCAGAAUCUGAGCAGCUUGCCCGGGCACUUCAGGAGGAGCAGUACUUUGAGCUCAGCCAGGAGAACAAAAAAGCAGCUGCCCGAUAUAAGCAGGACGUUGGAGAAAAGGAAGCUACUAUUGCACGGCUUGAGGAAUCCAAUAAAACUUUGACCAAAGAUGUCGAGAUCCUCAGCAAAGAGAAGGCCGAGUUGAAUGAGAAGCUCAGUAUUCAGGAAGAUGAGUACAUGGUGCAGAAGGAAGAGAUUAGCAAUACACUCAAGGCUAACUAUGAGAAGGUCCUCAGCAACGAGCGCACACUAAAAACUCAGGCUGUGAACAAGCUAGCAGAGAUUAUGAAUCGAAAAGACAUGAAAAUUGACCAGAAGAAGAAGGGCAGCACGGCAGAUCUGAGGAAGAAGGAGAAGGAGAACCGCAAGCUUCAGCUGGAGCUCAAUCAGGAGAAAGAGAAGUUCAACCACAUGGCCAUUAAAUACCAGAAGGAGCUGAGCGAGAUGCAGGCUCAACUGGCAGAGGAAAGCACAUAUCGCACCGAGCUCCAGAUGCAGCUGGACAGCAAAGAGAGCGAUAUCGAGCAGCUCCGAGAGAGGCUGAAUGACAUGCAGCAGCGCAUUGAUAACUCCAGCGUCACCAGCUUGCAGACAGAUGAGUUGGACAGUAAUAUCGCAGAAUCCAGACUGGAGGGCUGGCUGUCCAUUCCUAAUCGUGCUAAUAUCAAGAGAUACGGAUGGAAGAAGCAGUAUGUGGUGGUGAGCAGUAAGAAGAUUCUGUUCUACAACGACGAGCAGGACAAAGAGCAGUCUAACCCUUCGAUGGUACUAGAUAUUGACAAACUGUUCCACGUGAGAGCAGUUACACAAGGAGACGUGUACCGAGCUGAGACGGAUGAGAUUCCAAGGAUAUUCCAGAUCUUGUAUGCCAAUGAGGGAGAGUGCAGGAAAGAGGCAGAUAUGGAGACGGUCCCACAAGGGGACAAGACCAACUGUUUCCCACACAAAGGCCAUGAGUUCAUCCCCACACUGUAUCACUUCCCCUCCAACUGUGAGGCCUGCUCCAAGCCUCUGUGGCACGUCUUCAAGCCGCCGCCGGCCCUGGAAUGCCGCCGCUGCCACGUGAAGUGCCACAAGGACCACCUCGACAAAAAGGAGGAUGUUAUUACUCCUUGCAAAGUUAACUAUGAUGUGACCUCAGCCCGGGACAUGCUCCUACUGGCGCUUACUCAAGAUGAGCAAAAAAAAUGGAUCGGCCACCUCGGAAAGAAGAUUCCCAAAACCCCGCCAUCGACAUUUUCCAGAGCCUCUCCCCGUUCUAUGUCCACCCGCUCUGGACCCAACCAGUCCUUCCGCAAGAACCCAAAAAGCAAUAUUGGAAAGCUGAGCUAACCAUCUGAAGCAUUGGGAUUUUUCUGGACUUCUAAACUUUCCCUCCUUCCUCCUUCGCAAAAAUGGAAAGCCUGUACUACAUUAAAAAUGUAUUCAAAAUACAAAAAGAAGAAGAAAAAGAAUAGAUGCAGUGGAAAAUUGCUGCUUAUGUCACACACAGGGCAUCAUGAACAUUUCAAGGUGGACCCUGCCCCCCCCCCUCCAUCUGCCCUUUACCACAUUCAGAGGAAAGCGUCUCUCCCAACUAAACAAACUUGAAGUUCGCCAUUUCUACCAGAAGAUGGCACACUCGCCUUGAAGUAAAGAUGGACAACAGAGGGAUGGAAGGACUCUUGUCAUGUCAGCGUUCAUAUUUAGUGACAGCUGAAACGGAAGCUGGAAUGUUUUGGGGGGGAAUUUCCUGGACUCCUGCAAGUAUGUCUUCAGUUUAAGGUACUGUCAUACAGGGAUUAUAGAUCUGCAGUGAAAAGCUGUCUCAGGAGUGAGAAAAAUAAAGUCAUUUUAGCUAUUUCAGCCCCCGACUAACGGCUCUCUGAGCAAAACUGUUUUAUCCAACGACAACAACAAAAGAAAAACAAAAAAAACCAUGACUGAUGCCUUCGUCUAGUGUCUCUGGCCUUUUUGCCUGUGUUCUUAUCACUCUGCAAGUCACUUAUCAGGUCUGGGAUGGCGUAUUGGGACAUGAGUAUUAGAUGUCUUGAGUAUUGAGUGAGGAGCAUGCAAGAUCAUCAUUUAAAUCUAUGCAUUAUUUUUAUUAUUAUUUUUAUUGCUCCAAGCCAUAAGGAAAAUUCCGUUGUAAUGGCAUAUAGGAGUCAUGAAACUAAAUGGAUUUUUUUCUGUUUAUUUGGUACAUUCUCAGUAAUAUGUUUUUCUUUCUUGUAUUGUUAAUUUCUUUUUUGUAAUGUAUUGCCUUACAUUGAUUCAUAGAUAGAUGGCUCAAAAGGAAAACAUUAAGUUAACAAAUGUAAAACUGCACUGUUUGACUUGACUGUAAAUUAUUUGUAGAAGACUAAACUGGUGUAGCAUUUGGCCCACCUAGUGCCUUAACGUUUGGAUAUUGAUUUUACUGCCAUAUCUGGUUAUUUUAUUUGUUUUUUUUUUUAUUUUAUUAUUAUUUGAACACACGCAGACAAAGCUUCUUUUUAUUUUUGCUCCAACACGACACAAAGCUUAACUCUUCCAUCAUUUUUUUUUAAUUUUUUUUAAGAAAUUGCCACACGUGUGGUUUUAUCAGAACUUCCUCUCUUCCUUUCUCUGGUUUUCAUUAGAAAUUAUAUAUUAGAUGACGUCUUUUUGGACAUGUUGCAACAGGGGCUGUGUCGAAGCAAAGUCCCCACACUUGAUUAAUAUCGCAGGACAAAUUUCAGGUGUGUAGCCAAAGUGAGUCUACCUGUGUGAAUGAUUGUCAUGUUAGUAGUAACAGGUCAUUUCACCCACAUGGUAAAGUCCCUUCUAGAGUGUAUAUAAUGAGAGACGUAAGGAUUAUGGAAUACCUCCACAGUCUUUUUAUUUGUACGUUGUUUUUUUUCAGUUUAAAAAAAAAGUUUAAAAAAAACAGCACUGGAAAUAUGAUCUACUCUUGUCUUGGAUAAUUUGCAUGGUUAAAUUGCAUUGGAGUCCGCACUGAUGGAUAUGUCAAUAAACAUAUCUUU